CUUGCCGGGCUUGCUGCAGUCCUUUCCACGGGCGCCGAGAGGAGAGAUGUCCUAUCAGAUAAAGAUYGAUUGGUCUGAGUGCCGAAGGGGGUCUCCCACUUGUUAAUGACCCAGAAACAGUCCUGCCGACUUGGCUGAGCCUCCUCUCGUUUCCUCCAUUUUCCUCCUCCUCUGUCCUGUUCCUGAGCUGGCGCAUCCCUCCCUAGAGCAGAAGAUAUGCUGGGCUUCUGAUGAUGGCUGCACUGCAUGCAGCAGCGUGCAGGGUCAAAGACAGCCGGCCUCCCAUGUCAGUGGUCUAGGAUGGCCAGUGAAGCCUCCAACAUCCCAAGUCCUGUGGUGCGCCAGAUUGACAAGCAGUUUCUGAUUUGCAGUAUAUGCCUGGAACGGUACAAGAACCCCAAGGUUCUCCCCUGUCUGCACACGUUCUGCGAGAGGUGCCUGCAGAACUACAUUCCCGCCCACAGUUUAACCCUSUCCUGCCCAGUGUGCCGCCAGACCUCCAUCCUGCCCGAGAAAGGGGUGGCCGCGCUUCAGAACAACUUCUUCAUCACAAACCUGAUGGACGUGCUGCAGCGGACGCCAGGCAGCAACAUAGAGGAGUCUUCCAUCCUGGAGACCGUCACCGCUGUGGCUGCGGGAAAGCCUCUUUCUUGCCCAAACCACGAUGGGAAUGUGAUGGAAUUUUACUGCCAGUCCUGUGAGACCGCCAUGUGUCGGGAGUGCACUGAGGGCGAGCAUGCAGAGCACCCCACGGUCCCCCUCAAGGACGUGGUGGAGCAGCACAAGGCCUCACUCCAGGUCCAGCUGGAUGCUGUCAACAAAAGGCUCCCAGAAAUAGAUUCUGCUCUUCAGUUCAUCUCAGAAAUCAUUCAUCAGUUAACCAACCAAAAGGCCAGCAUCGUGGAUGACAUCCAUUCCACCUUCGAUGAGCUCCAGAAGACAUUAAAUGUGCGAAAGAGCGUGCUGCUGAUGGAACUGGAGGUCAACUAUGGCCUCAAACACAAAGUGCUGCAGUCGCAGCUGGAUACUCUGCUCCAGGGGCAGGAGAGCAUCAAGAGCUGCAGCAACUUCACAGCGCAGGCCCUCAACCAUGGCACGGAAACGGAGGUGCUGCUGGUGAAGAAGCAGAUGAGCGAGAAGCUGAACGAACUGGCCGACCAAGAUUUCCCCCUGCACCCGCGUGAAAACGAYCAGCUGGACUUCAUCGUGGAAACCGAGGGGCUCAAGAAGUCCAUCCACAACCUCGGGACCAUUCUGACCACCAACGCGGUGGCCUCCGAGACGGUGGCCACGGGCGAGGGGCUGCGGCAGACCAUCAUCGGGCAGCCCAUGUCCGUUACCAUAACGACCAAGGACAAAGACGGCGAGCUGUGCAAAACCGGCAAUGCCUACCUCACGGCGGAACUGAGCACCCCCGACGGCAGCGUGGCGGACGGGGAGAUCCUGGACAACAAGAACGGCACCUACGAAUUUUUGUACACGGUCCAGAAGGAAGGAGACUUCACCCUGUCCCUGAGACUCUACGACCAGCACAUACGAGGCAGCCCGUUUAAGCUGAAGGUGAUCCGGUCCGCCGACGUGUCGCCCACCACCGAAGGCGUGAAGCGGCGCGUCAAGUCCCCAGGGAGCGGCCACGUGAAGCAGAAAGCUGUGAAAAGACCUGCGAGCAUGUACAGCACCGGGAAGCGAAAAGAGAACCCCAUCGAGGACGAUUUGAUCUUUCGAGUGGGUACCAAAGGAAGAAAUAAAGGAGAGUUUACAAAUCUUCAGGGGGUAGCUGCAUCUACAACUGGAAAGAUAUUAAUUGCAGACAGUAACAACCAAUGUGUCCAGAUAUUUUCCAACGAUGGCCAGUUCAAGAGUCGUUUUGGCAUACGAGGACGCUCUCCCGGGCAGCUGCAGAGGCCCACAGGAGUAGCCGUGCACCCCAGUGGGGACAUAAUCAUUGCAGAUUAUGAUAAUAAGUGGGUUAGCAUCUUCUCAUCCGAUGGAAAGUUUAAGACAAAAAUUGGAUCGGGAAAGCUGAUGGGGCCCAAAGGAGUCUCUGUGGACCGCAACGGGCACAUUAUCGUGGUGGACAACAAAGCAUGCUGCGUGUUUAUCUUCCAACCAAAUGGGAAAAUAGUCACCAGGUUUGGUAGCCGAGGAAACGGGGACAGGCAGUUUGCAGGUACACUCCACGGUCCUCAUUUUGCAGCUGUAAAUAGCAAUAAUGAGAUUAUUGUUACAGAUUUCCAUAAUCAUUCUGUCAAGGUGUUUAAUCAGGAAGGAGAAUUCAUGUUGAAGUUUGGCUCCAACGGAGAAGGAAAUGGGCAGUUUAAUGCCCCCACAGGUGUAGCAGUGGAUUCGAAUGGAAACAUCAUUGUGGCAGACUGGGGAAACAGCAGGAUCCAGGUGUUUGAUGGGAGUGGAUCGUUUUUGUCCUACAUUAACACAUCUGCUGACCCGCUCUACGGCCCCCAAGGCCUAGCCCUAACUUCAGACGGCCAUGUUGUGGUUGCAGACUCUGGAAAUCACUGUUUCAAGGUUUAUCGAUACCUACAGUAACGGUGGCCAGCCGGAUGUCCCCUCGAGACGGUCUUGCACUAUAAACUGGAAUGGAUUUCUCCACCCGGGACCAGAUUAUGACUAGACUUUUCAUGCUAGAAGGAAUCGUUGAUGAACUUUCCAUGGUUAUUUCUGAAUGUAACAAUUUCCUUAAAAAACUGCUCAUCCAAUUUCUAAAAUUCACCAUUAGGGUUUAAAAAAAAAAAAAAAGUCUUCUACUGAAUAUACAAACUGCGAAGUUUUACACCUGUGAACUAUGGCUUAUAGGACAGGGAUUUAUGUAGUUAAAUUAAUUUUGCAAAUCAAACAAACAUUAAACAAAAACUAGCAUAUGUAAAAAUAUUUGUUGAUCCUGUGAAUGAUAGCCUUUGCGCAGAGCUUCCAAAAACAAAUUCUGUCGUCCUUAUA